AUGGAGUCUGGGGAUUCUUUUUUAUCUUGUGCUGUAACGGUAGAAUGGACGACACCACAAGGCUCAAUUAUAAGAAAGGUAAAUUAUAAAACAGGUUCACUCCGACUGAUCCGCAACGAAUUUAGAGAAAUGUAUAUGGAAAUUACGAGUGAAAAACAAAACGCUAUUCGCCUGGCUCUUAAAGGUAUAAAUGUUUUCAAAAAAUUCAUGGCUGAAGGCAAAGCCAGCAUUAAAUUUCAAGAAGCAGGCUGUACUCUUUUCAUAUCCAACGCGCCGCCUACGAACUUAGUAUCAUUUUUAAGGACAGUAUUCGUAAAAAUGACUGGUGAUAAAGAGCAAGGUAUUAAUAAAACACCAUCAAAGCAAAGUGUUAGAACGAAAUUAUUAAGUGGCAAGGCUAAGGCGUUUGAAGAAAUAAGCCCAGUUACAGUAGCGGAUAUAUGCCAGGCUAAAAGUAAGAUCAGUAAAGCAACUACAACCACUCCGUCUCCACCUUCCAAGAAGAGGAAGCCCGAUGAAGCAAUCAAAGGCCCAGCUCCAAAGAAACUGUAUUCCCCUUCACCACUUUCGACCACGAGUUCGUUAAAUGAAGAACAGACACGAGUGUUAGAAGCUUGUCUUAGUGGACAAAAUAUCUUCUUUACUGGUUCUGCAGGCACAGGGAAAAGUUUCUUAUUGAAAAGGAUAGUAGCAGCGUUACCACCCGAUGUUACAAUGGCCACGGCUUCCACUGGGGUUGCUGCUUGUCAUAUAGGUGGGACCACCCUUCAUGCAUUUGCUGGUAUCGGAGAUGGCAGUGGUACUUUAGAAAAUUUAUGUGAGCGAGCAACAAAAUCAGCACUAGUUGCACAAAAGUGGAGAAAAUGCAAACACCUUAUAAUAGAUGAAAUAUCUAUGGUUGAUGGAUUAUAUUUUGAGAAGUUAGAAGCAGUAGCGAGACAUGUAAGGAAGAAUAACAAACCCUUCGGAGGUAUUCAAUUAAUUUUGUGUGGAGACUUCCUUCAAUUACCGCCUGUUGUAGAUAAAAAUAGAUCAGGAAAAAAAUUUUGCUUUCAAACAUCUUGUUGGGAUAAAUGUAUAAAAUUAUGUUUUGAACUGAAACAGGUUCAUAGACAGACUGACCAAGAAUUUAUAUCUAUCCUCAAUAAUAUUAGGAUAGGUCGCGUUACAAAGGAAAUCAGUGAACGCCUUUUGAAAACGGCAAGUCAGAAGAUUGAAAGUGAUGGAAUUCUUGCCACAAGAUUAUGUUCGCAUACAAAUGAUUCAAAAUCAAUUAACAAUUCAAAAUUACGAGACCUCGAGGGCGAAGAAAAAAUAUUCUCAGCUCAAGAUAGUGAUAACGCCAGCACAUUAUUGGACAUGCAAACUAUUGCACCAUCAAAAUUAGUUUUAAAAGUUGGUGCACAGGUGAUGUUACUGAAAAAUAUUAAUGUUAAUGCCGGUUUAGUGAACGGAGCUAGAGGUGUAGUCGUUAGAUUUGACGAAGGACUGCCGGUUGUGAGAUUUAAAAACAAAAAAGAAUACACAACUCGUACAGAACGUUGGUAUGUAAAAAAUUCUAGUGGUUCUUUGUUCUGUAGACGUCAAAUACCUCUUAAUUUGGCAUGGGCAUUCUCAAUACAUAAAUCACAAGGUCUAACAUUGGACUGUGUGGAAAUGUCUCUCUCUAAAAUAUUUGAGGCCGGUCAGGCUUAUGUUGCUCUUAGUCGAGCUCAAAGUUUAGAUACACUGAGAGUGCUAGAUUUUGAUUCACGACAUGUCUGGGCUAAUCCUGACGUCUUAGAAUUUUAUCAAAGAUUCAGACGACGUUUACAACAAAUGGAAAUAGUAGCUCUUGGAAGACCAUUAUCAGAUAAGACAAAUAAAAAAAUCAAACUUAGGGAAAUUUUAGCAAAACAAUUAAAUAAAUAA